UGCUCCACAGCGCCCCCCUCCGGCGGGAUCAAACUUUCCCUGUUGUUGUUCUUCCUGGUUAGUCUGGAUCAGAUCCUCCUGUCCCUCUGGUCCUCUUCUGUCCCCUCCUUCACCUCCUUCACCUCCUCCUCCUCUCCUCCUCUCCUCCUCCUCUCCUCCAUCUCACGGACUCACCCAGAAUCCCACCGGGAAUCUCUGCUCCCAGUGUCCGGGAAGCAGCGCAGGGAGCCGGGCUGAGUCCACAGGAGGAGCCGGUGCUGGUCUGGUUCUCCUGAUGGACUUUACGUAGACUGUUUGUCCUCUCAGUGCUAAUGCUAAUUAGACUCUAUGCUAACAGGUCAGUGAAGCUAGUCCCCUGAGAGUGUGUGUGUGUGUGUGUGUGUGUGUGUGUGUGUGUGUGUGUGUGUGUGUGUGUGUGUGUGUGUGUGUGUGUGUGUGUGCGUGUGCGUGUCAUCAGGGAGGUGAACUCGGAGCUAAAGGUGCUAAUUACCGGAGGCUAGCCCGGCUAACUGUAGUCCGGGUCUCCGGUCUCUGUAGUCUCUGUAGCCCGGGUCUGUGGUCUCUGGGGGUUUGGGGCUGAACCGGACUUUAAAUCCCGGGUGGGGGGUCCGGCUCUGAUCGGGGUCGAAGUGUCCUUGUUGUCUUCAGGUCCGGAUCGUAGUUUGGUCUAUAGUGUUUAAAUGUAGACCGGUUUAAACCGAGUCCUUUAUCAGGUUCAGAGGUUAGCUCCGGAUCACAGGGGUCCUUAUGCACCUGAACCAGGUUUUCAAUGAGGUCUGACUCUAACCCGGGUUAAAUUAAACUGUGGCUCAGGUCUAAGACAGACCCGUUCAGUGUGGACCGAUUCGCCUUCAGAGGGUCCAGAGGACAUAGAUCUGGAUCCAAAGUGUCCUUACCCGUGUAGUUUUUGUGGAUCAGGUUUUGAUGUAGUCCGUUCCUGGAGGGGUUGGUCUGGUGCUGAAGUUUGGGUUAAAGUAAGUUCUGUACUGGUAUAAAACCAGGCCAGUGUAGUCCUCCUUCAGUGAACUGGUUCUGACUAAGACCAGGUUCUCAGAGGGUUCAGAGGACUCUGCAGGAUCUGUUAAAGUUGAAGGGUUUGAAUGUGGUCUAUUUUUUAGACGGCCUCUGGUUUUAAGUGUAGUCUGACCUGGUUUGUCCCAGUGAAGGCAGUCCAUGUGGUCCUGGGUCUAAGCCUGGUGCUCUGAUGUUAGUCCAGGUCUAGGCGAGGCAUAGUCUCAGGUUUAGCCCGGGAUGGCGGAGCUCCACCAGACUCCCACCUCGCUUUGCUGCUGCCGUAAAUCCCUGCCGGUCUCAGGGGCCCGGUGUGUCGGGGACUCCGGCCGGCCCUCAGCAGCUCCAGGUUCCGGGGCCCCGCGCCGCCCCCUUCUGGACGUGGCCUCUGCAUCUAACUUCCACUGCUUCAAGCUGAGACACUUCCACCUGGACCUGAGGGUCAACUUUGCUAUUAAGGAGAUGAGCGGCUGGCUGGUUCUGGACCUGACCCCGGUCCAGCCUGGGGUCCAAACACUGAUACUGGACUCCCACCCGUCCCUCCUCAUCCACUCCAUAGACUGUAAGGUCCCCGGGUCCGCUCAGGAGGAGCCCGUCUCCCUGACGUACCGGGUGGACCAGUUCACGGACUAUGGCUCCUCUCUGAACAUCAGCCUGCCCUCCAACGCCGCCAGACCCCACCGGCUGAUCCAGAUCACAGUCCGCUACACCACCACGGACGGACCGGCGAUCUGGUGGUUGGACCCUGAACUGACCUGUGGUCAGACCCGUCCCCUGGUCUUCACUCAGGGUCACUCCGUCUGUAAUCGCUCCUUGUUCCCGUGCUUCGACACGCCGGCUGUGAAGAGUACAUACACAGCUACAGUCAGGGUCCCUGAUGGGGUGACGGUUCUGAUGAGUGCGUCUCGGAGUUCUUACUCCAAACAGGACCGGGUCUUCCAGUUCUCCAUGGAGUUCCCGGUCCCGUCAUACCUGGUGGCGUUGGUGGCCGGCGAGUUGCAACACGUGGACGUGGGCCCCCGGAGUCGUGUGUGGGCGGAGCCAUGUCUGCUGUCGUGUGCGGUGAAGAAGCUUGGCGGCAGCGUGGAGCGCUGGCUGGGCGUGGCUGAGGGUCUGUUUGGACCGUACCUGUGGGGCAGGUGUGACAUCGUGUUCCUCCCCCCUUCCUUCCCCAUCGUUGCCAUGGAGAACCCGUGCCUCACCUUCAUCAUCGCCUCCAUCUUGGAGAGCAGCGAGUUCCUCCUCAUCGACGUCGUCCACGAGAUCGCCCACGGCUGGUUCGGCAACGCCGUCACCAACGCCACCUGGGAGGAGAUGUGGCUGAGCGAAGGGCUCGCCACCUACGCCCAGCGCCGCAUCACCACCGAGGCCUACGGUGAGGCCUUCACCUGCCUAGAGACCGCCGUGCGAUUGGACGCUCUCCACAGACAGCUGCGUCUCCUAGGAGACAACAACCCUGUGAGCAAACUGCAGGUCAAGUUUGAGCCAGGUGUGAACCCGAGCACUCUGAUGAACCUGUUCACCUACGAGAAGGGAUUCUGCUUCGUCUCCUACCUGUCACAGCUGAGCGGGGACGCCAGGCGCUUCGACUGUUUCCUCAGGGAUUACAUUUCAGAGUUUAAGUUUAAGAGUGUGCUGGCUCAGGACCUCAUCGACUACUUCCUGUGUUACUUCCCAGAGCUGAAGGACGCCGCCGUCUCCCACAGAGAGGGUCUGGAGUUUGAGCGCUGGCUGAGUGGCUGUGGACCUCCUCUGUAUGAGCCCGACCUGUCAGCAGGGGGCGCUCUGACCCAGCCUGUGCAGGACCUGUGUGAGCUGUGGAGCAGCAGCGACCCCCCAGACCCUGAAACCCUGACCCCCUUCAACCUGUCAGAGUGGAGCACCUUCCAGAUCGUCCUGUUCCUGGACCGAAUGUUAGACCACGCCCCCCUGCCCCACGGUGUGAUGGAGUGUCUGUCCUCCUCUUACUCGUCCCUCUUUGACUCUCUGAACGCUGAGGUUCAGAUCCGCUGGCUGCAGAUGGUGGUGAGGAACAGUUUUUACCCCGACCUGCCCCGAGUCCGAGCUUUCCUCCUCAAACACGUAAGACCCUGAACGCACCACGCUGCU